AUGGCUGUUGGUCAGGUUUUUCUUCUUUGGAUUGCCGUAGUCUCCGAAUGCAUUGGAAUAGAAUCAGAGCAGCUGGUUUCUUACCAAUCUGACUGGCCGGUUGGUGACCCUAAACGAUGUUUGGACAAUGCCAAAAUUGGGAAAUUAAACUUAGAUCUUUUUGAGGUGCUGCCAGGCAUAGGCUGGGACAAUUUGGUCAACAAAGAAACAAAUCUGGUGUUCAGUUACAACUUUAGUCAAUGUAAAUUAACUGACGACAGACACUAUCUCCUGCCCAAUGACGUCAUGACAAUACCUAUUAAGGACAGUAAUUUACAAACUUUUGCCGAGGUCAUUGAAGAGUGGAAUGAGGCUAGGUCUAUGACUUCUGACACCAUCAAUGUCGACGUGGGAUUUGAAAAACCUUUUAUUUCCAUUAGCGGGAAAUUCUCUUACGAGCACCAACAGUUGAAGACAACACAAAUGAAGCACAAUGCCAUGACCACCAGGGUUCAGCUUCGUUAUCAAAGGUACCAAGUGAAAUUAAAUAUGGAUCCUCAACUGAGUUUACCAUUUAAAGACAGACUUUUAAAGAUUGGAGAGAAACUUUAUGCGAACCAGACAGAAUACGCUCGCUAUUUAAGUCAGCUGCUUGUUCGGGAAUACGGAACUCACGUACUGACGAGCUUAACUGCUGGUGCAGCUCUUGUCAAAGAUGAUUACUUGGACAGAUCUUUUUCUCAGCUUACAUCCGACGAGAAAUCCUCCAUUCUAGCAGCAGCUAGUGCAUCCUUCUUUGGAGUCUUUCACGUUGACGCGUCUUACAGCCACAAAAGUGAAAGCUCAAGUAGCAGUGGCUAUGACAAGAGUGUACGACAGUCAUACAUCUACACAUUUGGAGGGCCCAAGUUUAAAACCAACAUGGAAGUCGACCAAUGGGCUGACGGCGUGGACUCAAACUUGGUCGCAAUGGACAGAGCUGGCGAUCCACUUUAA